UCAUGCACUUUGAUUUGCCUGCCAGCUGCAAGGAUCGUACAAUAUCCGACCGACUCGGAUUUAGUCUUCGUGAACCAUAAAACUGGAAUUUCUCCCAAGCUCGUGCUCAAGAAUACGAAGCUCGCGGUUCGGCGGCCUCGAGGCAAAUGGAAGAGAAACGAUGAGUAGAUAGCAAGGAAAGGAGGUAUUUUCCCAAAAUUCAACUUUAUACACGAACCACGUGUCAAUCGUUGUAUUUGGACUCGGUUCAACUUUCACGAUCUUGACAUCGACUGGCGCGUCGUCGAGCAUCUUCAAAGCGUUCGGCGACGAUGGAGGAGAUGGAAGAGCAGGACAUCGGCCUGCUUUAUCCUUCUCGAUCAGGGUCCUGCACAGGAUCGACUGAAACUAUUGCCUCAAGGCUCACAUCCCGGCAGCCUUCUCCAAUUGAAUUACAUGUUCCAAUUGAUGGUGUUGGAUCGCGCCAAGACCCUUUGAGCCCACUCAAGUCGCCCUCAAUGUCCAACGUUCACGAUACACAUUUUGGACUUCGCCCGGUUGGCCAGAAGACUGUGAUACGUUCUAGAACUCUUCCUCGUCUGCCCAGAUUUGAUACAACUAUACAAUUAAGUUCGGAGUUCACUGGCUUUGAGUUUGAGCGAGACAGGGCGUUGCGAAUGUCUCAAUGGGUCCUGGCUUUUGCCAUAGUCAAUUUUGAUCUAGAUCUCGGUCCUGUUGUUUGCGGGGUAUAUCCACCCUUGUGUUUGACACCCGCAGAGAAAGAGAACAUUGCUUUCUCAUCCUUCCCCGAUUCUCUACAAUUCGAACAAGGAUCAGAAGUGCAUUCUUUUCGCAUACAAGAUCUCGGCGCAUCAACCAAAGACGUCGGUCUAGACAACGGCAACAGCAGAUCAGGUAGCAUUGAUGGAUAUCUUUAUGGAUAUUCGCACUUUUCCCAAAGAAGAGACAACACCUCAAAGCGAGGAUACCAGCAGACUUCUUUAGUACUUCUCUCACACCAACAGUACCCCGCACUCUUGACCACCCUAAUUAUGAAACUUGGGCCCUUGUUCCUGACCCAUGGUGUGCCUAUGCUGGAAACGGCCUGUCAUAACAUUGCCAACUGGUGCAGCCCAUCGCCCGGUUUGACUGCUGAGCUAGGAUUUCUAGGCUCGGUUCUCCAUGUCGAGUUGCCCAUGACUGCAGAUACUCAACAAUUGACGGAUACUGCAUCUUUUCGUGAGAAAUUUGACACGACUUUGCAUCUACUGUCUUCUAUAGCUCCACUUGACCCGCCUCCAAUAUCGAUAUUUGAGGCCUCUUUGUCGCAUUUAUGGUCAAUAUGGGAGUGCCUGAUUCUUUGCGAGCCAAUCUUGGUAUUCGGAUCUUCACCGGCAGCAACGAGUCAAGCAGUCUGGUGGCUCAGAGAUCUGUUGCGUCCUAUACCUCUUGCUAAUGAUUUCCGCCCUUACUUUACCAUUCAUGAUAAGGAUCACUCGCUUUUGGUCAAUAAACUCCCACCUAAAGCUGGCCUUAUCUUGGGUGUGACCAAUCCAUUCUUCCAGAAGUCGUGCACCCAUUGGCCCCACGUCUUGAGCGUAGGGGUAAAAGCAAGUCCGCGUCGUCAGGGGAGUGCGACUAUUCUCGCAGGGCCACCGCCCGGAUGGUGCACAAAAACUCAUCGCCGAUACAUUUCCAAAGACCGUCAAUUAUUAAAGGCAACCGAAAACGCUUGUCAAGCAAGCAUCCAAGACAGGAUACAAGCAUCAUUGGACCUCAGAAGACAUUUUUGUUUGCGCACCAACACCAUGUUAGUUCCUCUGAACAGAUACCUCAAUACUCUGAUACCCUCUCCGACGGAAUGUAUCACCGUUUCGGGUUGUAGACGCCUAAAACCUUUCAGUUCGGCCGACUUUUUCUCUUCGCUUAAGGCGAAUGGGUCCCCUCUGCCGUUUAAGUCCGCGGCUAAGCGGAGGGAGUUUUACGAAAGGUGGUUAAAGACGCCAGCAUUUGGGUUGUGGUUGGCUCAGCAAGAGGAAGUAGUGCAGAAGACGCUGCAGGACAAAUGGGCUGGUUGAUGUCAAGUUGGUUCCUGUCGAUUACCACCGAGCGCAUCAUAGAUGAGCUUCCUUAAAUCCGUAUAAGUAUCAGGAACAUGUUAUUCCGCGAAGUAGAUCUUCAUCAAUUUUCAAGUCAGCGG